AUGGGCCGGAUUGCAGUUGCGUCGGCCGUCGUACUAUGGCUGAUUCCGAUCUCUAUUCUCGUUAAUCAAAUCGUUCCCAGCCCGUACAUGGACGAGAUAUUCCACGUGCCGCAGGCGCAGCAGUAUUGCCGAGGGAAUUUUAGAAGCUGGGAUCCAAUGAUCACCACCCCACCUGGGCUGUACUUUCUUUCACUUGCAUAUCUUGCUUCUUUGUUUCCAGGCUUAUUCUUCAUGGGGGCAGUUUCGUCUUUUCCAGACUCGUGCUCCACUUCAGUUCUUCGUCUCACAAAUGGGGUUCUGGCCGUUUUAUGUAGCAUUCUUGUUUAUGAGAUACUCGUGCAUCUUAGACCGUCUCUCGAUGAAAAAAAGGCAACAUUUCAAGCUGUGAUUCUUUCUUUAUAUCCUCUACACUGGUUCUUCACUUUUCUGUACUAUACAGAUGUGGCAUCACUAACGGCUGUGCUCGGAAUGUAUCUUUUAGCUCUCAAGAAGAAGUAUCUGCUGAGCUCGAUGCUUGGGGCUUUAUCUGUGUUGAUACGGCAAACAAAUAUUAUAUGGAUGCUUUUUGUCGCCUGCACUAGCAUCAUACAAUUUGCCGAGUCCCAUGAGAAAGGUGGUGGGGAAUUAAAGGAUUUGGGCACAUCAACAAAAAACGAUGAUCUUUCUUCGUAUCGAAAUAAUGUAUCAGUGGCCACUAACUUGAGAAAGAGAAGGGGUAAUAAGGUCAUUACGAGUCGCGAAAGCUUUACUCCACAAACAUCUGCUCCCAUGGCGCACUCAUCAGGUUUGCUUGACGAGAUUUUGGACAUCAUAGUCAUCUCGUGGAACCAUUUCUGGGAGAUUUUAGUUUUCUUGAGUCCUUUCUUUAUGGUAUUUGUGGCUUUUCUCGGUUUUGUGUUCUGGAACGGGAGUAUAGUUCUCGGUGCUAAAGAUGCACAUGGAGUUUCACCCCAUUUCCCUCAGUUGCUGUAUUUUGGAUUGAUUUCUGCCGUUUUUACGGCCCCUGUCCAGUUUAAAAAGUUGUUAAAGAGGAAACUAUUUGGUCCCGUCCAGUUGCUCGUGGCUUUAGCAUUUGGCUUCCUUUCCGUGCAAUUUUUCAGCAUAGCCCAUCCGUAUCUGCUGGCCGAUAACCGACACUACACUUUCUACUUGUGGCGAAAGGUCAUCAAUUACCAUUGGUCGACAAAAUACCUAAUGAUCCCACUUUAUGUCUACUCGUGGUUUUCCAUUGUCGAUAACCUGGCUAAAAAUCAGAGAAAGCUCUGGGUAUUGGCGUAUUUUUUCGCAUGUGCUGCAUCACUUGUUCCUGCACCAUUGAUCGAGUUCAGAUAUUACACGAUCCCUUUUUUCUUCCUUGUUCUUCACUCAAAUGUUACGGACAGCUGGAGCUUGGUUUUUACCGGGAUCUUUUACCUUGCCGUAAAUUGCUUCACGAUGUUUAUGUUCUUGUUUCGGCCUUUCUUCUGGAAGCACGAAAGCGGGACCCAACGGUUCAUAUGGUAG